AUGAGUUCAGGUCCUGAAUCGAACCUCAGCCGUGCGGCGCGCUAUGCCGUCCCAUUCGUCUUGGUCUUGAUUCCCGUAUGGAGGGCAAAGGUCAGCUCCGAAGUCCGCGAGCCGUAUCUUGACGAGGUCUUCCAUGUCCCUCAAGCUCAGGCGUACUGGGCUCAUCAAUGGACACACUGGGAUCCGAAACUUACCACUCCGCCGGGUCUUUACCUGUGGUCAUAUCUCCUUUGCGCCGUCCUACUCGCUCUCCGUGGUUCUCCGACGAAGCUAGACACCGAAGCUCUGCGCACGACCAAUGUCGCGACAACUGCCUUUUUCCUUCCGUGGAGGCUUCAGACGCUAUCGGAUACUGUGCAUAAUGUGCGGAAUAGUCGGCAAUUGGGUGCCUGGCUCAGCCAUACCGUGUUGAACAUCUGCAUGUUUCCGCCGCUGUUUUUCUUCUCGGGGCUAUACUAUACGGAUAUCCUGGCGUUGUUGGCUGUUGUCGAGGCAUAUAACUGGGAUCGUAAGCGAACAUCUCGAAAAGGAUACCGUGUGCUCCACACUCUGGGUUUCCUGGUUUUUGGACUGGCGGCGCUGGUUUGCCGGCAGACAAAUAUCUUCUGGGUCGCUGUUUUCCUGGGAGGGCUGCAAGUGGUUCGGCAGAUUCGCACUUCCUCUAAGGCCUGUGAACCAUCUGAAGUGUCUUCGAUUGUCAAGCGUGGCCUGCAGGGCGAGGUGUAUGAUCCGUUGGUCUCAGACGCUUUCCUCUCAGAUUAUUUCAAGACCGCCAUCUCCUUCGCCGUCUCGAGUCUUAAGAACCCCCUCUCGAUUGUUGGAUCUAUCCUUCCCCAUAUCAUCAUCCUUGGGGCCUUUGGUGCAUUUGUUCUCUGGAACAACGGUGUCGUCCUGGGACACAAAGAGUUCCAUACUGCCGGAUUACACCUCGCUCAGAUGCUCUACAUCUGGCCCUACUUCGUUUUCUUCUCCUGGCCGAUCCUGAUCAUUCCCGUGCUCAAUGUUCUCCUGCCUCAGUCCAUUCUGCCCAAGUAUUUGAAUUAUGGUUUCCCUGAGAAACGGAAGAAGUUCCCGGGUAUCCUGGCCUCCCUGGUCGUUCUGCCAAUCAUGCUUUCCAUCGUUCAUUUCAACACGAUCGUGCAUCCCUUCACUUUGGCGGAUAACCGACACUAUGUCUUCUAUGUCUUCCGUCUCCUGCUUGGAGUUCAUCCCGCCAUCAAGUACGCCGCGGUCGUCGUCUACUUCCUUUGUGGAUGGGCAGUGAUUUCUGCCUUUGGAUUUUCCACCGUCCAGACUCCGCCUCAACUCCUUCAAGUCCCUCCCGCAAAGCCGGCGUCUCCUGCCCCCGAGCCUACUCCCAAGGAAGAGCCGAAGGAAACCAGAAAGCAACUCCGGGCCAAGGCCAAGUCCGCACCCAAGAAGGGCAAGCAGUCGCAGCCGCAACCGCAGCCGCCGCGACCGAAGCCGAUUUCACCGGAAGCAUUUGCCCGGAUGAGGGAGACUAUCAUGCAGCGGAAAGCACAGCAGAAAGAGGCGCCGCGUGUCAGCUUCGUACUUGUCUGGAUUGCUGCCACUGCAUUGUCCCUUGUCACGGCCCCACUUGUCGAGCCCCGCUACUUUAUUAUCCCCUGGGUGAUGUGGCGUCUGCACCUGCCGCCGUCGCCGACUCCCGUAGCGCUCCGUCAGCAGCGUCCCGCUGAUGAGAGCGAGAGAGUACGUGCAGACCUAGCUACUAAUGCCCCCAAGUUCCUUGAGACUGCGUGGUUUGUUGCUAUUAUCGCGAUUACGGGAUAUGUCUUCCUGUACAAGGGCUUCGAGUGGCCGCAGGAGCCAGGCAAGAUUCAACGGUUCAUGUGGUGA